CUUUUCUGUGCUAGAUCUAUAGUUUAUUAUACCUGCAUUACAUAAUGUUUGGAUGGCUUUGUGGGUAAUCUCCCUUAAAAUCACCAGCCACUAUUUGGUCAACAAUAAGUUACUCAAGAUUUAUAGGUGCUACCUCAAAGCCUGCUAUCUGCUGUCAAACUGGUCCUGUCUGAGCCACCACUCUAAGCUUGCAAGAGCCAAAUUGUUACCUUGAAGCCUAGUCUAUCUUAAUAGUGAUCUAAUGGACCGUAAACGAGGUAGAGGCAGAUCCAGAGGAAGAGGAGGUGGGAGAGAAGGGGCACAAUCAAAACAAUACGGUGCCCAGGGGGAGGGAACGACAGACGGCAACACCUACUAUUUUGGGGCUCGUGGUGGAGGUGGUGGCAGAGAUCGCGGUAGAGGUGGUAGAGGUGGCAGAAGUGGUGGUCGAGGGAGGCCCAGAGACUCGACAAUGAGAAUGGAAAGACCCCCUUCAAACUAUUUUACAUGCGGUGACAUUGAAGAGUUAUCUCAAGCUGACAAUCAAACAGUAAUUAGGCGAAUUACUCAGAAUGAGAAUGGGUUUUUGAAUGCCUUCAAGCACGACAAGUUCUUGAAAUCACCGACAGUUUUGAAACAAUUAUUGAACAUUGUGUACAAGUUAUCUCAGUCUAGUGACACUCAGACUGCUUUGCGUGUGCUAGCUCAACUAUUCAGCUCCAGUGGUGAAUAUUCACUCUUUAUGUUUCAGCUGCAACUGCUUAUUAGUGAAAUAAAACCAUUUAUGAGAGAAGGAAACCUUCAAUCCUUGUUUUAUCUCACUGAAGUGGGUAAGUUUUGCUUUGAGAAAAUUCCGAAAACCGUUCAGAACACAUUUCCGAUUAAGGAAAUCAAAGCAACAGUUAAAAGCCUCACAAAAUACAACAUCAGUAGUGAAAACGAGCAGGUCACUCUGGAAGGCAUUGAACAGAACUUACUUGAACUCCAAAUCCAGCAUCUGACCUUUGAAGAAGAGCAAGUUAGGCCAAAACCCAAACCAAUUCGGCAAAUUGGAGAUGUUGAUCUUGAGCCACCAGAAGAUUUUUCCACACUUCCCAUUUUGCCUGUCCCUAACGAAAUCAACCAGUUUGCCACGAGGCCGUAUCUCAGGCCAAAUAUCAUCAAAGGAGAGUAUCACAGCUGGGAACACUACCUGGACAUUCAGUUCAGACUUCUUCGUGAAGAUUUCGUCGGUCCUCUUCGAGAAGGAAUUGCGGAUUAUCUUCACAAUCCAACACAAAAAGGAGGUGAUGUCCGUGUGUACCGCAACGUGACAAUUCAGCAGCCAGUGUGUCUUGCCAUGGGCAUCGGUUUUGAAAUUUCUUUCAACAUGCGAGCGCUUCGUAGAAUUAAUUGGGAGUAUACCAAACGGCUUAUCACUGGAUCUCUUUUGUGCCUUUCAACAGAUGAAUUUCAAACAAUUGCUUUUGCAUCAGUAGCACAAAGAGAAACAAAACAACUUGAGAAAGGUAUUGUCACUGUGAAAUUUGAAGGCUCUGUUAAUGGAUUUCAGCUCCACUCUCAAACAGAAUACACAAUGGUUGAGUCUGUAGCUUACUUGGAAGCAUAUCGUCACGUUUUGGAGAAGCUUCAAGAAGUUUGUAAAGAGCAUGAGAUCGAUAUGAUGCCUUUCCGAAAUUACAUAGUCAACUGCUCGUUCGAUAACAUCCCCCUUCCACGAUAUCUCAAUCAUUUCGGCCACACCAUUUUUGAUUUGCAAGGAAUAAUUGAAAUCAAAAGCAAGCUCGCAAGCUCAAUAGUUGAUCUCACUAAAGCAUCUUCUUGGCCUGAUGCAAGUGUCACAGAUCUUGACCCCUCACAGAUGAGAGCAUUACAAGCAGCCCUCACUCAAGAGAUCUCUGUCAUUCAAGGUCCCCCGGGCACUGGCAAAACAUAUGUGGGGAUGAAAAUCGUCAAAGCUUUCUUAGCAAACAAGAAAGUGUGGGAUCCACAGAAGACCACACCUAUUCUAGUUGUGUGCUAUACAAAUCAUGCACUCGAUCAGUUCCUUGAAGGAAUCAGAAACAAUGAAAUCGAUGGCAAACCUCCAAACGUGACAAGAAUUGGAGGACGCUGCAAAAGUGAAAUUCUUCAGGAAUGCACCCUUUUCGAAAAAGUAAAAAAAGCAAAAGCAGACCAAGUGAUACCAGGUAGAGAAUUCAGAGACUAUAAAGAAGCCACACAUUGCAUGUUGGAGAAAAAGGAUCUUAUAAUACAACACCUGAAAACAAUUCAUCUGUCAAAUCUCAAAAUUUUACGAACGGAACACUUGCGUUUUUUUAUUUCAUCAAGUCACCGUAACCAGCUUAUUAGUAAUGUGUACACUAAAAAUCCAAUGGAGCUGUGGUUGGGAUUGGGGUAUGAAGACCCAAGUGAUGAAGUGCAAACAACUGAAGAACUUCAGGUUGCUGAAGCUUUUCAACCAGAGUUAUUAGAAGACACUGAAGCCCAGAUGAUACAAGAUGAUCGACUAGUUGAAGGGAACGAAGUCGUGUACAAAGCUUCAGAAGAAGAAGAGUGGCAGCUCGAAAAAGUUACAAAGAAAAAGAAGAAUGAUGGUGACUGGCAUACCGUUCAAAUGGCCAAAAAUAAAAAAAGGAUGCUCAUAUACAAGCAACUUAAUCAUGGGUUGCAACCAAUGGCUGCUGAUGAAGCUGCUAGUAUCAUUGACUUAUGGAGCUUAGACGGGAUGCAGCGAUGGAGACUGUACCUUUAUUGGAGAGACAUGUAUGUCACCGACCUUAGACAGCAGCUGGAGCAUCAAUCAGGGAAGUACAAAACCGCCUGUGAAGAGUUUCAACUGAAAAAACAAGACGUGGAUAUGACAAUUGUCCGAGAUUCAGAUGUAGUUGGUAUGACUACAACAGGAGCAGCUAAACACAAAUACAUUAUUAAGUCAAUUCGACCAAAGAUAGUAGUUAUUGAAGAAGCUGCUGAGAUUUUUGAGCCUCACAUUUUCUCUUCUCUGUCCCCAACAGUCCAACAGCUGGUUUUAAUUGGCGACCAUCAACAGUUAAGGCCAAAGCCAACUUACUACGUGCUUGAAAAGAAGUAUGAUUUCAAUGUCUCGCUGUUUGAGCGCUUGGCAAUGAACGAUUGUCCUGUACAAACACUAAGUAUUCAGCAUCGAAUGAGACCUGAGAUUGCCAGCUUGAUUACUCCAGCCAUAUAUAAAGAACUGGACAACCACGAAUCAGUGUACAACUAUGGUCACAUCCAAGGAAUCGGUAAAAACCUCUUCUUCAUCACCCAUACUCAGCCAGAACUAGCCGGAGCAGACGACAGACAAAGUCACUCAAAUCCUCACGAGGCAAAGUACCUAGGAGCUCUCUGUGACUAUCUGCUGAAACAAGGCUACAAGCCAGAGGAAAUCACCAUUUUGACUCUCUACCGAGGACAAUUGCUCGAGAUUAAGAACGUUCUUCGACUCAGAAUGAUCAUUGGUGUGCGAACAGCUGUUGUUGACGACUUCCAGGGAGAAGAGAACCGAAUCAUUUUGCUGUCCCUUGUGCGAAGUAACAAUGAACAAAGAAUUGGAUUUGUCGGAAUUGAAAAUCGUAUUUGCGUUGCUUUGUCGAGAGCCAAAAUGAGCUUGUUCAUAAUUGGCAAUGUGCAAAUGCUUCGUGAUAAAGUUGAAACUGUAUGGCCUAAAAUAAUAGACAAGCUCAAAGAAAUGAACUGUAUUGGUGAAGCUCUCCCAUUACAUUGCCACAUCCACCAAGACCAGAAGGUGAAGGCCCGAAUGUAUAAAGAUUUUCUCAAAUGUCCGGAGGGUGGAUGCCAGAAAAAAUGUAACGCUCGUUUGCCCUGUGGUCAUGUUUGUCCUCGAUUUUGCCACCCCUAUGACAUAGAGCAUCGUGAGUACGAAUGCUUAUUAAAUUGCCGAAAGCAACUACCUUGUGGCCACAUAUGUAAACAAAAGUGUUAUGAGUGCUCAGUCAGCUGCCAACCGUGCAAGGAACAAGUAACAAAAGUUCUACCAGUGUGUGGACACUCAGAGAAGUGCACAUGCUCUGAUAAUCUACUGCUCAUAAAAUGUUCAAAGAUUUGUGGAAAACCGUUAACCUGCGGUCAUCUGUGCCAAGAAAAAUGCUCUCAACCUUGCACUCCUCAAUGUACUGUGAAAUUGGACAAGGAGCUAUCUUGUGGUCACACUGUCCAAGAUUCCUGCUAUCUCAAAGAAGAGCUAGUAGAGUGCUCCGUGCCUUGCGGUGCUUUGUUAGAUUGUGAACAUCCAUGUACUGGAACCUGCUACACGUGCAAAAUGGGACGUCUUCACAUUGGCUGUAAGUCCAAAUGCAAUCGUACCCUGAUAUGUGGCCACCUCUGUGACUUUCCUUGCACACCAAGCUGCCCUCCUUGCUCCAAGCCAUGUGCCAACUUUUGCACCCACAGGCGUUGCCCCAGGAAGUGCUUUGAACCCUGUGCUCCCUGCAUGGAGCGUUGUGACUGGUCCUGCCCUCAUUUCAUCUGCACCCAGCCAUGCGGAAUGCCUUGUAAUCGACCUCCUUGUAAUCAGCCAUGUCGAAAGUAUAUGCUGUGCGGUCACAGGUGCAUUGGUAUUUGUGGAGAGGUGUGCCCAAAACUAUGCCGCAUCUGCGAUGAAGAAGUAGUCACUGAGAUCUUUUUUGGUACUGAAAGUGAAAAAGAUGCCAGAUUCGUUCUUUUGCCUGAUUGCAAUCACAUCAUUGUUGUAGAAAUGCUUGAUCAAUGGAUGUCAACUGACAACAGUGUUCACACAGGAGAGUCCCAACAAAUCGCGCUCAAAGUAUGCCCAAGGUGCAAAACUCCAGUGAGAAAAUGCUUCCGAUAUGGCAAUGACAUAAGGAGCAAACUGGCUGAUGUGGAAGCUAUAAAGAAAAAGCAGAUGAGUACAAUUGACUCCAUACGCCUACCGCUUGAAUUAGCCAAGCUGAAACAUGCUUUUAAAAAUAUUCACAGGCAAAAUCGUCAUGUUAUUGCUGAAGAGCUUAGCUCAAUCGAAGUGAUGGUUGCAGGAAGAAGAAGGCUUAGCUCUAUUUCAACCCUUUUCCCUCAUAUUGUGAAAGCCAAAGUAUUGUUUCUACAUCAAAUUGUUAAGACACACAAUGUUUUAAAUCAAAUAGGAGGAUCGGAUUAUUUUGCUACAUCAUCCUAUCAACCCAGGAUAGACAAAAUUAAGAGAGAUCUCAAUGAACUCAAACAGUUUUUCAUGCAAGAAUUUCUAUCACAGCAACAACUGUCUGACGCUGAAGCUGAAAUGAGACGUAUUUUUCUCUUAGCAAAAGCAACUGAGCUCCAAGCUAUAAUUGCGAAAGAGGAUGAUGAGUGCAUCACUCAAACUGUUAUUGAACUCGAAGAAAGUGGCUGGAAGUGUGAAAAAGUCACUGAAGAGAAGGAAGCAAGUUUUAUCGAAAGAAUAAAAUCUUUGCGUGGCAAAUAUAGACUUAUUAGCGUUUAUGGCGUCUCAGAGACUGCACAAUUUAUACUAGUCAAGGUUAUUGGUUUAUCUAAAGGCCAUUGGUACAAGUGCCCAAAUAGUCACUAUUAUGCGAUUGGCGAGUGUGGAGUCAUGGAAACAGGAAAGUGUCCUGAGUGUAAUGCAGGAGUGAGUCAUACCUUUAUAGCAGCCGGUAACGUACAUGCCCUGGAAAUGGACGGCUCAAAACAUACUGCGUGAAACAGCUAACUUUGCAAACAUUGAUUCACUAUAAUUUGACAGACUUUAUAAUAGUUUAUGUAGAGUUUAGAUCUUUGUGCAUUAUUAGACCUAUAUUAUGCGUGUGUAGUUGAACUGCAUGCAUGCAUGCAUGCCAUUGGAUGUAUAUAUAUAAUUAUUGUAGAAAUCAAUUUUUGUACUAUG